AUGCGAGAAAGACAUCCUACAAAUGAAGACCACAUUCCAGAGACCAAAGAACAAGCUGAAGACUUCGAAAACAGAUCACGGAAAAACGACACGAAUGACCCCGGAAUCGCGUCUUCAGCGGACGGUCACAGGCGUGGUACAAGUAGUAUAGAUGCUCCAGUGCUAGUGGAAAAUCGACUGAGUGUUCCGAAUUCCAGACGGCCAUCUCGAUCACCCACCACCGAGGCUCGUUCGGCCACUCUAGCCAAUGGGACAUUCAUAGCGGGCUAUGAAAUUCGUCCCGGAUUGGCUAAACCAGGAAUUCAUUAUGAAAACGUUAAUGGUGGUGUACUGCGCUUCACUGGGGAGGAGGUUGAACAACAUAUCACAAUUCAGUUGAAUGACGAACGACAAAUUCAAACGAUUACCGAACCCAUCGAUUUUCAUGUGAUUCUACUCAAUGCUCCAACUCCCGAGAUGUUCGUAUCCGGAUCGGAUGGAGCAGACUACGCCAAGUUGAAUAUUGCUUUGCCCGGAACCCCGUCUGUAUUACGCGUGCAACUGUUACCACAUGAUGCGGCUGAUUACUUUGAGAUGCAAGCAAGUCGUUUCUACGUUGAUCCAAAUACCAGUACCAUUCCGAUCACUGUUCUGCGUCAGGGUGUGUGCCAUGCGACCAGUCAGGUGCGGAUAAUGACAAGAGAUGGCACAGCAAAACAACGUAUAGAUGAGAAAGAAGCACGGGACUACGAGCCGAUCAAUGAAAUUCUGGUGUUUAAACCUGGUGAAACGUGUAAGACUGUAGUUGUGGAAGUCGAUCCAAACAAACAAGUAAGUUGA